CGUGGCGGCCGCGACGAGUGCACGUCGACGACCGAGACCCCACGAAUCGGCGCGCGAUCGCGACAAAACUUUUCAGUGCCGUGAAAAACAUUAUUUUCCGAAUAAGCUAAAAUGAACAAGAUUUUUCUGUGCAGUGAUUUUUUUCCAACUGUGUAAAGACUAAUCGAGCGUAAGAGUGUUUUGAAGAGGCUAAUUACGGGUUGCUAGACUAAUUGGCUGGGCCGGCGUUUCAUGAAGUGCGAGAGGCGAACGCCGCAGCAGGCGAGCGGCGGCAGUCCAGGGUUGGGAUCCCACAUGCUCGCCAUGGAGGUCUCGAAGGAGGCGCGCGCGUCGCCGCUGCCUGCGUCUGCGCAGACUGGACCUUCCUCACAGCCAGCUCAACCACCACAGCCACAGAUUUGCGCUGGAUGCAGCAAGGUGAUCACCGAGCGGUACCUACUGAAGGCUUUGGACCAGUUGUGGCAUGAGGACUGCCUGAAGUGCGGCUGCUGUGACUGCCGCCUCGGGGAGGUCGGCCACACGCUCUAUACUCGGGCUAACCUUAUUCUGUGCAAGAGGGACUAUUUGAGGCUGUUCGGCAACACUGGUUACUGCGCGGCCUGCAACAAAGUGAUCCCGGCCUUCGAGAUGGUGAUGCGCGCACGCAGCAACGUCUACCACCUCGAGUGCUUCGCUUGCCAACAGUGCAACCAUAGGUUCUGCGUGGGCGACCGGUUCUACCUGUGCGACAACAAGAUCCUGUGCGAGUAUGACUACGAGGAGCGCCUGGUGUUCGCCAACAUGGCGUACAACCCGCCGCCGCUCGCGCACCUCAAGCGGCAGACCACGCAUCUCCCACCACCACCCACAAGCAACGCGAUGAGCGGCCUGAUGAACGGCUCGAGCCGCUCCGGUGAUCUGAACAACAACAUGUCGGGCUCGUCGCCGGCCCCGUUCGCGGCGCCCCCGCACCUCAAGCCGCUCGGCCUCUCGGCGUCCAGCUGAGAGUACAGCGCGUGAGACGCGGCCCACCCCUACGCCAAGUAUCAAAACUAAUCACGCGUGCUCCGAUACUGUGACAAUCGAUACUGUUCAUCAGUUGCUGUUGCCAACGAACUAUCAGUGUUUCAAACGCAGCUCUAUUAAGACAGAACAUUCUUAUCGUCUUAUUACUGGACUUGACAUGUUUCUAAGUGUAUAAACUAAAGCAAAGUAAAUGCCAAACUGUAGUUAAUGUUUCUGAUUGCUUAUAAACAGCACAUAAUUAAUAUCUACAUUAUCAUGUAAUAAUUCUGAAUAAAGUAUGAUAAUAUUAAUAUGUUAUUAGGGUAAUGUUUCAAGGAGAGUUGUUUUAGUUUGUUAAAAUCUCAGAAUUUGAUCUCAGAUGAGCAAUUAUGCUAAAUUAGGAUAUAGUUAAAGGAUCAUUGAAUCUCCCUUUUGUAUAAUAAAUCUGUUAAAAAUUGCAAUAUCAUGUCUGUAUUUUUCUCUAUAAUGUAUAGUGUGAGAAUUGAUGGUACGGAAAAUGAUAUAGAGCGAUUUUAGCUAACGGCUGUGAACACUUUCAGCGGUUCAGAUGCGCAGCUACAGGGAUAGUGACGUGCUAUGUAGUGUUGUGGACAUUUGGCGGCUCAACCGCUGCCGGGCGGUAACGUGCGCAUUUGGACCGCUGAACGUGUGGCGAGCCUAACGCGAGACAUUAUCUAGCGCGGGUUUUAAGACUGCCGAAUUGUCGUCUUUCGUGGAUGAAAUGUAUUUUAAAAUAACUAUCAGUGUUAAUGUAAAUAGUAUAAUCAUCUAUAUGUACGUAUUAUAGUACAAUCAAUCGAGUCUACAAUUGAUUAGGGAUAUUUCACGAUCAAAUUACUUAGUUAUUUUCAAAUAUUUUAAUUUUAUUCUGGCUAAGCCGCGACGGAAAAUUUAUUUGAUGAACUUCUCGAAUACAUUUGUUAUUUCAUUUUGUACCUAUGUAUAUUAAUUGUUAAGUUUACUAUAGACAUUGUUAUGAUGUUUGUAUUAUUUAUGUAAAUAGAUCACUUACUGUAAGUAGAUUAUUGUAUAUCUAUUAUUAUACAAUGGUGAAUAUAAAAUAUUUGGAUUAAUUAGUAAAAUGUGGAAUAUGUGUUAAUUGAAAGGAUACAUCAUUCAGAAUAGUUCAAAUUAGUUUCUUUAGUGAUAUUUUAAAUGAAUACUUGUCGUCGUCUUCGGAUGAAUUAUUAAUUGUUUGCAUUUAAUUGUGUACAGUCGCCAAUAAUAUGUAUUUUGAAAUUAUUGUAGUCCUUCCACGCUCCACAGGGGAGUAUUUGAAUCAAUAGAGUUGUAAUGUUAAUUGAUGUGAAUCAAGUGUUUUAUCGUCAGCAGUUGUAACUAGUUGAUGCAUCUGACAGUACUCGGAUGUGUAUAUCGUAGGUGUUAUGUUGACGACUGUACAAGCUCAUGCAUUCCUGUAGAGAGACGCACGGCUGUGUGCACACACACACACAUUUGUAUAAAUAUAAAUGUGCAAGUUCUCUUCUAACCAAUGAUACGACCAAAGAUGUAGCUCAUUAAAGCCUUGUUCAAGAAUA